GUUCUGAUGAACGCGGAUGACAUGACAAGACUACCGGAUCCCGAUGCCAGUUAGUUUUAUGUUAUUGAAUAUUCUCACAUAAAACAAUCAAUUCUAAAAUGCGUAGUCAGUAGGCGGUAAAGGGACUUUACAACGAGUAGCGCAAAUAACGGAUAUUCCCAAUUUGUUUAAAUGGCGUCUGGGAAUGAAGAGGAAAGUGCGGGUAGCGUUUCAUGGAGGCUAAUAGGCCCAGUCUCUGAGCUUUCCAAGAAGCAGUGCCGUUUGAUGCACUCCUCCCUCGGCUACGGUUCCGAUGUUUGCCUGUUCUACGUGAAAGGGGAAUUCUUCGCCAUGGAUGCUCGCUGCGCUCACUCCGGUGGUCCGCUGUGUGAUGGAGACAUUGAGGAUGCAGAUGGUAUCCUGCAGGUCUUCUGCCCCUGGCAUGACUAUGACUUUAACCUCAGGACAGGACAAUCAGGGACUGGUUUACAGCAACAAGUUUACAAAGUCAAAUUGGAGGAUGGCAGUGUGUAUGUGAAGCACGCAAGCCCUCUCUCAUUACAGACCUUCCCAUUGGUCAAGAAGAGCUGAACUGCUGCCUAAAACCUGUUGCAAGCCUAGGCAAUCCAUAUGGAAUGGCCUGUAGCGAUCCUGGCAAUUCUUUAAGAUUUAUUCUACAAACCCAAGCCAUCUGAGGCAUUCCUUGCCUUAUAUGAUCAUCACAGACCUUUUUCCACUCGGUUCUGGCAAUGUUGUACUCUGGGUCAUUAUCAAGAGGAUGGUCUGAAGGGAAGAGAUAUGACAUCAUCUUUUUGUUUGAGGUUUUUGGUGUCGGAGACACUGGGACAUCAGCCAUCCGCUGGCAGUGAAAUAGAGAAGAGGUUGAAGGGCCACUGCUGAUCUUGAUAACCGAUCAGACAUUCAACAGACAUUAUGUAUUAGCCACUGUUCAACUUAAGUACAUUUUCAUUCUUCCCUCCCUCAAUAUAUCACAAAUCCUCACAGUAACUGGCUCUUACGGAAUCUGUGGAGGUUUACAAAUAUUGUAUGUUCUAAAUGAUAUGUCCAAUAUGUACAUCUGACUGGCGCUUUAAGGACUACUGGGAAUAUAGAUACUUUUAGUAGAGAAGUGUAAACAGCCCAUCUUCAUUCCCUGUGGCUCAGUUGGUAGAGCAUGGUGUUUGCAACGCCAGCAUGGUGUGUGCAACGCCAGGGUUGUGGGUUCGAUUCCCACGGGGGGCCAGUACAAAAAAAUAUAUGAAAUGUAUGCUUUCACUACUGUAAGUCGCUCUGGAUAAGAGCGUCUGCUAAAUGACUAAAAUGUAAAUGUAAAAUGCAUUACUGUAAGGUGGAAGAGUAUAAUUACUGGAACUGAUGUGAGGUAAUUGAGGUUCAAAACAUGGUCCCAAAUUUGAAAUGCCCUUAUAUGCAAAGCUUUACAUUAUUUUACCUCAACCGUUUAACUGCGAACAUAACACUGCCCAGUAUCUGACCUCACAUACAUUCUGUCAAUGCAUUUGGUUCACCUCAGGUGAAGGAUAAUAGAAGCUAUUAAUAGCUACUGUAACGUUACAUCUACAGUAAAACAUCUAUUCAUUUUGCUGAGUGGUGAGGUUUUGAAUGGAAUGAAGUGAUCCCUGCAGUAGCCCAGAGAGAGAAUAGAAACCACAGCUCAGCUAUAUGACCCCCACCUAAACUGGUGACUGCCAUUUGUAGUACCUAGCUGAGAUCCAAGGGAACACACAUGAAGGGUCCUGUAAUUAUUACUGGUUAUGGUCCAGUAAUAAGUAUUUAUUAAAGCCCUGUCAGCAUUUCCCCUUUGGCCGAUGCACAGACGUGUUCUUCCCUACUGACGCAAUGGCAAAGGGAAGACUGGUCAACAGGCUUCAGAGCAGGCUCAGGACUGAAUUGCACUAUUCAGUCAAGAGAAAUGUGUUAUUGUAGCUACUUGUGUUUUUUUUUUAUGCCUCCUCUUCGCCUACACUGGCAACAACAUUCACUACAUCUUCUAUCCACUACAUGUUCUCACUCUGACAUUACAGAGAUUGCCAAAAAGGUGUCAGUAAAAGUGUGGCUUGCCAUUCCAGUUUUCCCACCUCAUAGCCUCCCCUGUUGUGCGACUUUGUACAAUAGUAUUUCCAUUGGCGUCGAGUGCUGUGUGGAUAGGACCUGUGCCUCGUGUUUAAUUAUUCAUCACCAGAGGGGUAAUAUUCACUGACAAUUGAGAUGCAGCCAUUGUGUGUUUUGGUAGAACAAUCACUGGGUCUGGCGUGCACAGUCCAAGAAUGGUUUUCACAUUUUGUGGAUCCAGACGUUUCCGAAUAAUCUGUUUAUUGUGUUGGAUUCACAAGUUGUCCUUAGACAUUAGAGGACCCAUCGUUGAUGUCAGAACUUUGCAAUGUAGGCUAUUACAUAAUGUUUGUCUCUCAUAUGCAAAGCUCUAUAUUUCGUUUUUUUUGCUACUGUUUCAAAUGUAUAUGCCUGUCAUUAAGCUGCUUAUAUGGUUUUUCAUACCAUUUUAUAUUAAUUGUUAUGACUGUCUUGUUAUUGAUGUGGAUGUUAUGAAUUAUGCAAACUAAGUUAUGCCUUCAUUUUGUGUUUUAUUUCAAUUUAAUCUCACGGUACGUCACGUCUUAGUACUACAGUAAAAUGGAAUAUGUCCUUUUGCUGAUUACUUUUUUCAAAAUAAAAUAUGUUUCCAGCUCGA